GUUAUAGUUUUACGCCCUUAGGGGGCCGGGAAAAAAAGUGAUAAAUACCUGUUAAACAUUUUCCGUCACCCUGUUUUUAGAUUGGUGUCCUCAUUACUUUCGCGCUGCCUCUUGCGGCGGCUGCAGUCAUGCAUCUGGGCUGUUCUUCAGCGGGCUAUACUUUAACGACGCAGUCCUGUUAUAAGCGGUUGACUCACGGCAACUGGAGUUUUUGUACUCUAUCAAGGUUCAGCCAUGGUUGAGUGUAUGGUCCACCAAUGCCGUGGCCUAUAUGGGCGAAUCAUGAUCUGUUCCUGAAGCCCCGAGUCAUCCAGGGUCUAGGCACGGUCCUGAGCCGGAGCAAAUGCCAGCCCUAUCGUCCGCACGUCACCAACUUGACUCAGUUGGUCUAAAAAUACCUGGCUGUGACUGUUCCAGGCUCUCUAGAUGCCCUCAUAGAUGGGUUAUCCUUCGAGUCAUCCAGCUGGGGGGGCUCCCUAUAUAAGUGCUGCCUCCUUCCCCUCCUCUCCCUUCUCUUUUUCUUUUCGAAUGUAUCCCUUCUUGCCUUCCUGUGUCUUGGUGUUUCUAUCAACUUACAGCUUCUGGCUGUUGCUUCUGUUUAGUCUGCUUGUUGCUUGCUGCUUUAUCUGCUUGUUCUGUUUAUUUAUUCUUAUUGCUUGUUCUUGUUGCUUGCUUUGCUUGUUCUGCUUUAUCUACUUGUUCUGUUUAUCUAUUCUUACUGCUUGUUCUUGUUGCUUGCUGCUUGCUUUGCUUAUUCUUUUCUAUUCUUAUUACCUUCUUGUUCUUGUUUAUUCUUAUCACUGCUUGUUCUGCUUCUUCCUUACUUUGCUUGUUCUGCUCGUUCUGCUUGUUCUGCUUGUUCUGCUCGUUCUGCUUGUUCUGCUUGUUCUGCUUGUUCUGCUUGUUCUGCUUGUUCUGCUUGUUCUGCUUGUUCUGCUUCACCUGUUUUAUCUACUUUGCCUGCUUUGCCUGCUUGUUCUGUUUAUCUAUUCUUAUUACUUGUUAUUUACUUGUUCUUAUUGCUUGCGUAUUCUUAUUACUUGCUUGUUUUUAUUUGUUCUUAUUGCUUGCUUGUUUUUGUUUAUUCUCAUUCCUUACUUGUUCUUGUUACUUGCUUGUUUUUGUCCAUUCUUAUUGUUUACUUAUUCUUGUUCACUCUUAUUGCUUGUUCUUAUUGCUUAUCCUUGCUCUUGUUACUUGUUCUUGUUCUUACUAUUUGUUUGUUCUGUUAUUUGCUUGUUCUUGUUUAUUCUUGUUUCUUAUUAUUUGUUACUUUUUACUUUUUAUCUGAUUAUCUUGUCAUCUUCUUAUCUCAUUGUUCUAUUGUUGUUUCAUUUUCUUGUUCUUUCUUUGUUUCAUUAUAUCUCUUGUUUCCUUGUUUCAUUAUAUCCCCUAUUUCAUGACUUCGCUGUUUUGUUGUUUCUAUGCUUCUAUUUCAUUGUUUUCUUUCCUUGUCCUCUUUUUACCUUUUUAUAUUUGUUUUCUAUCUUUUUGCAUGUUCUGCCCCCGCCAUGUAUCCCCCAUAAUGUACACUCUGGGCCGUGGCUGGUUGGAGGAAAUCGGCCCAGAGCAUCAUUGUAUUCUACCUGUCAUCUGUGAGAAUCCGCCAAGGUAUCUUAUGGGUGAUGUAUGUUGUGAAAGUGGCUCAGACAACGCAUUACUUAUAAGCUACUUGGGUGGAUUCUCACUAUUCGUCUAUUCCAUACUGUGGAAUGGAUUC